AUGCAUCCAGCCAUGACGCCUGCUUUCACGAGUGUUUUGGGCAAAGCCUUUCUGAGUGAAACUUUGGCACCUCACCCAAUUCCUCUAAAGAUACCAUCGGGCGGCCAAGAAAAGCGAAACGAAGCAGCCGUGUAUCACGAGUCGCCGCCACCCGAGGUGAGAUGCGCAAGCUUGAACCACCCGCAGAUUCGGCCCACCGGUCCAUGUCGAUCGGCUCAGUCGGCACCAGAUCCAGCAGCAAAUCAAAUGACGCUUCUUGGUAACCUCGGCGCAUCUUGGGCUGCCAGGGCAGUGGCCAAAUUAGCAUUCAAAUGGCUAAAUGGCCCCUCGCAUCUACAAUAA